UUUCAGCAGCAGCAUCAAAAACACACCAUCAAUUGAAUAUAAGAUCAUUUCCCAACCUAAACAAUACCAUCAUAGCAUAUACAAAUAGUUUAGCUCAGCUAAUCAAUAUCUAAACUCAACCAACAAAACUCAAAAAUCUGUCUAUAUAAUCCUUCUUCUAUGAGCUAUACAUACACCACCUUUUACUAUUUUAAUUCUAAAAGCUAUACUUCAACUGUUAUCCAAACAUGGCUUUUGCUUCUCUUUUUCUUCUCAUAGUGUUUCUUUCUUUUUUCACACCAAUCUCACCUACCUUAAAUUCCACUGCCCAAUCCGCUUCUAAUAAAAUACUUAAAUUUCCGGUAUAUCACAUAGGAAAAUUUCUUAAUGAUUCAAAAUCAUUAUACUUAGCCAGAAUUCAGCAAACGAAUGACUGGAUGCCUGAGCCUAUUCAAGCCAAUUUGCCUCUUCUUGUUGCAUUCCCCACAGGCGAAUACAUCGUGGAAUUGAUAGUUGGAUCGCAAAUCGUACAUCUGUUGCUAGACACCGGAUCACCGCUUGUUUGGUGGCAGUGCUCACCGUGCCAAAAUUGCUUUGAACAAAAGUACAAUCCUCUAUACAAUAUAUCUCUUUCCAAAACAUAUAAACCAGUAAUCUGCCCGUCAAAUCAGUGUGCUAAGAAUAUCCAGUAUUAUUUUACAAAUGAAUGCACAAUGAAUCGGUGUCAGUAUACUGCAAAUUAUGGAGAUGGAUCUUAUUCCAGUGGGGUUUUAGCCAAUGAAACAGUAUCAGAUGAAGAUGGCGUGCUUUAUAAGAGCAUCAUCUUUGGAUGUGGGAGCUCCAACAUUGGUUUAUUUGACGGGUUUUAUGCUGGAAUCCUUGGAUUCCAGCAUGAUGAAUUCUCUUUUCCUAAUCAAAUAAACGCAGACAUAUUUUCUUUCUGUUUUGUUGCUGCACAGUCCAAAUUUGAUAGAAAAAUUCAAAGGAGGCCAGAUAAUGCCCCACUGUAUCUCUACGAAUUCCCGGACCUUAAUGAGGACACUACUUUUGUGGUGGAUCUAACACACUUAGUUCAUCACUAUGUGGCGUUUAAAGGUGUCAAAAUUGAAGGGGAAAUGGUCCCUGUCAAUGAUAAAUACUGGAAUAGAGAUACAGAAGGCAAAUACGGUGUAAGGGUGGAUAGCGGUACGAGGCUUACAAGCUUUCCAAGUGAUGUGUACAAUGACAUCCGCAAUUCGUUCCUAAAGAGUGUGAAGGGUAUGACAGCAUUUGCAUCACAUAAUUAUGACACUUGCUUCUAUUCACCCUUGAGCACCCCUGUGGACUACAUUCCAAAAGUAUCUCUAUGCUUUAGAAGCGGAAUGGGAGUGGAAGAGCUUCGACUUGCACCAGAGCAUAUCAUGAUUUCAAUAGGAAGAAAUGUGUAUUGUUUCGCUUUCACAUACGCGGAUGCUUCUGUAGAUGUAACGAUCAUCGGGACUCAUCAACUACAGAACACAAGAUUAUCUUUUGAUAUGUUGGAGGAGUCGGUCCGUUUCACUCCAGAUGAUUGUUAAUAAAAAUCUCUAUCUCAUACAACUCUUCAUAUCUAUUAUAUUCA